AGAGCGGGUGUCUGUGAGAGCGUCUGUGGCAGCGAAAGUUAUUUAGAGAGCGAUUGGGCGCGACUGUGAGAGAGAAAGAGAGAGAGAAAGAGAGAGAGAUUGAGUAGAGAGUAGAGGAAGGAUAGCGAAGCGAUUUGAGGCGGGGAUUUGUUUGGGAUAGGGAGGGGGGAGGCGGUUGGGGUUGGUUUUAGCUUCUGUUAGUUUUUAGAUUUUGUUUUUCUGAUAGAGUUAGGUUUAGUUAGAUUGCAGUUAGAUUGAGUUAGGUUUCUUGGGUUUGAAAAUAUUCUUUGGAGAGGGAGGGAUUGGGAGGGGGUUGGGGUUUGUCUUGUUUUUGUUUGGGGAGUUGUUGUUUUUUGCUGUUUUAUUUGAGUUAGAUUGAGUUAGGUGUUAGUGUUAGUGUAGGAAAUCUUUCAUCGUCGAGGAACAGCGAUCCUGCUUAUUAUGUUGCGCAGGAUCCGAGGCUUCUUUUCCAGGAGGAGCAGUCGGGUGGCCCCCCUGGAUGCCCCAGGGGAGCCCGCAGCCUCCAAGCCAGCUGCCUGCCCCUGUUGGUGGUGCAUCUGUGGGAGGAAGAACCGGGUGGCCCCUGCUCCCACCGUGCUGCCUCCCUCGCUGCCGCCAGUUGGGGAGAGCAGCGAGCCCGGGCCGUCAGCGCCCCCCGUGCAGGAUGCUGGAGCUUCCAGCCCCUGCCAUCUCAUUCACGCCAGGCUGCAGAGGGUACAUCAAGCCGGAACGUUGAAGGAAGGAGGCGGAGGGAAGGAGCGGAGGGGCAGGAUCGCUUUCCUGAUGGCCCUGAUCCAGGCCUGCCAGGAAGCCAUCCGGAGGGGGGAGCAGCGCCUUCCGUUCUCGAAAGGGCUGGCCGCCCAGGCCGUGCUGGAGGAGAUGGCCUACAUCUGGGAAGACCCCGUGCCCCACCACCUCUUCUCCCUCUGCACAGAGGCCAUUGCCUCCUUAAGUCAGAUGAAGCCCUGCUUGGGAGGCAAAAUGGAGCAAAAGCUCAUCUCAGAAUCCAUCUUCUGGAUGAACCAUAUGAUUGGAGGAGAGCCGGAGGAAGACCGAGAAAGCCCAUUUCUGCCCCCGCAGAGGUCCAUGAGGAGGAUGCUGGAAGCAAUGCUUGCCGAAAAGCCCACCCUGGCCCACCUCAUCAGGAUUGCUGAGGCCAUAGACGCUGAGAUUUUCAGCGAGGAUGAGGAGGAGGCAGCCAUGGCGGAGAAUGUUGGAUUCUUGCUCCUCAACAUGGCCAUUGGACCCCCCUUCUAUUUUGAGGCAGAGCAGAUCAAGCCACUCCUGCCACUGGGCAUUCGGAGGGUGGGCCGAACGACAUCCAGGGCCAAGGGUGAUGGGAGCCAUUCCUCCGAUUAAGACGACCUCUUCGUGUGAGCGUUGGAAUUUGAGGACAACAGAGAGCUACUGGCCGACCAAAUUCAGCUGGGGAAGCCGUUUGGGAAUUCCAGCCCGGAAGCCUCCUCCUUUCCUCGGGAGUGGGCAGGGCCCCUUUUGCAAACUAAGCCCUGCCCGUCUUCCCUCCCAGCCAGCAGACCUCUUCGAGCCAGGAGAGGACCUCGAGGGGAGCCAACAUGGAGGUGAAUGGCUGGAGUUUUCAGAGCUCCUCCGAAACACUUGUGUUUUUCCUGUCAGUGCCGAUCUGCAUACUUCCUCGAGUCAAACCGUUUGCAGAUAAAAAGAGAACUCCAACUUGAUUUACUACGACAAUAGAUAGAACUUUAAUAUGGGACGGAAAAAACGCUCGCGUGUAAGUCCAACCGCUGAACCCAUUGAAUCCACCGAAUCCACAGAACGGGAGAGACGCUCCAAGCAAUCUCCUAUGGACCAGUCCUUAACUCCUUCUGUAAGUCCUCAAUCUAAGCUCUCUACUUACAAUAGAGAUGAGGCAUUAGGAUCCUCUAAUGACAUUACAAAGAUUACAAACAGUGCUAUCAAGGCAGUAAAUUCUGACCCUUUCACAACUGACAGUAGGCCGAAUACGGCAUCGGAGCAGAAUGCGAUGUUGGCUCACCUUUGCAAGUGAAUGGCUGAUACUUUGCAGCUCACCCUUCCAACCUUACUUGGUGUAUGGAAGGGAAAGUGGAUGCAAUAGCUCUUCUGUUGAAACAAGUACAGCCUGAGCUCUUUAGAACAACAAGCUUUCACUGACCUUGCUGAGCUCUCUAUGGAACAUGAUUCAGUGGAGGACCUGCAAAACCAAGGUCCAAUACACAAUAACCAACUCUUGAUUGACCAUGUGAGAGUCGCCCUGUAUGAAAAUGCUCCAUUGAAGGAAAAUAGCUGGAGGGGGAUACUAACUGACCCUCAUUUGGAUAACAUCACAGCUCUACUGAGACCUAAGGACAAUUCCUCGCCAAAGAGAGAUGCCCAGACUAGGUUGGGUAAAGAUACUUUUAGUGUAAACAGCUUCCUAGAGCAAGAGAUCAAGUGACUCCCUGGUUUAGACACAGUCUUAUCGAGGACAAUAACUCUGCUGGACAAUGAGUGCUGCAAUAGAUCUUUGCAGAGAACAUCUGAAAUAAUGGGACAGAUCCAGGGACCUACCCCGUCUGAACAGGGAAACAUGCUGGUUGUAGACUGACAUUCAAAGCCUUUUAACCAGGUUGCAACACUUGUGUGGAAUGUGGCUGGCUUAAGGUCUAAAAGUACAGACCCUGAUUUUAUGUCCUUUAUCACCAAGCACGAGAGAUUGAUAAUGCAGGAAACUUGGUAGAAGAUAUUACUCUUCCUGGUUGUAUAUCGAUUUCAUUAAAUGCGGGAAGAGCUGCAUGCAGAGGCAGACCGAGUGGUGGCUUGCCAGUCUUGGCCUCCACAGCUCUGACUUCACAACUGUCCCUGCUUACUAGGAGCUUGCUAGGAGAGGACCUGGAUUUUGGUGACGUUCUCCAGGAGUAGCUCCCUUACACUGCAAGCCCCAGGACAAACCUGGCAAGAAAGUGAAAUGCAAGAAUAAGGCAGAGCACCCUCUGCCUUCACCCAAAGCAGCAUGGACAGGAGCAAGAGAUGCUUCCGCCUCAACAGCAACAGCCAGCCGAGCUCCCCCCAGAGGGCUCCACUGUCUUCCCCCCAGGAGAGGAUCCCCGUGUGGGUCUCGCCACCUUGGAUUGGGCUGAGCAGAACCAGGAUCUCCAGGAAGGCAAGUCCAUGAGUGGGGUACCCAGUGUGGUUGUCCAUGGGGAUCUGGCCAAGGGUUGUAGUGGCAUGUCAGAAGGAGAGGAUGUUAUUUGUGUUGUGGUUGAAGAGCUUGUGCCCCAAACAUUUCAAGGCUGCUUUGACCUGAAAGAAUUCUGAGUCAAUUUGAUGUAGUCAUGUGAUGUCAUUUGUAGAAAUGGUUGUCAGGGGCUAAGUUGGUAUCAGCGUCAAGGUGCUGGACUGACUUGGCCUGAACCAAGUAUAUUCUCGAGACCCUAAAGACCUUGGACGAAGGUUUAUGGACAGAGGGACAGGAAAUGUCUUGUGGGCAGCUGAAAUCGCUGGCCAACGGAAGUUUCUCAAAAGGGAGUCUCUUGUCAAAAAGAAAAGGAAUCACAAGAAUGUGGACAUAGGCAGACCUUGUGACUUUGUGCAACAGGUGACCUUGUGGACUAACGACCAUGUGGUUCAGUGGUCACGGACUAUGGGGACUUUGGGCUCUAAGUGGCAAAGGUGGUCCUGGAUGCUGCAAGAGUCACAGAUGCGGGUCCAGCAUGUGCCUGGCAAAGAAAACACCCUCAAGGAUGCCUUUUGUCUGGAGCGGGGGAAUCUCAGCCUGGAAGGAUGGCCUGGAUGUGGCCCACAAGUACCCUCUGAAGACCAGCGCUGAAAUCACUGAGCCCCAGACCUCUGCCGAGAGCAGGACAAGAGACUGCCCAGCAAGCCAGACGCCGAGAAGGGAGAGAAUCUAGAGAACUCUGUGCAGGGACCAGUGUAGGGUGUUAGGUUAGUGGGUGCGUUUCUUUCCAACCUUUUAUUUUCCCCUGGGAUGUUCUUUUGGUAGGUUUGUUUUGAGUUUGCAUUUUUGCCGUAAAAGUAAUGCUUGAAUUGAACUGGUUUUUAAAAAGUAAACUUUCUUAUUCUAUCAAGAUUUGAAGCUUGUUGAUUUCUCUCCACCCCAUGCCUAUAAGCCUUUAAUUUUAUGGUUUUAAAAUUAUUGUAUUGUUUUAACUUUAUAUGUGUUAUAUGUUGAACUGUUUUAACUUUUAUAUGUGUUUUAAUUGUUGUUGGCCGCCCAGAGACGUAAGUUUGGGCGGGGUAUAAA